UCCUUCUUUGCACGAUCUUAAGAAAAUCCAUGACGAAGCUUCGACGAUAGCAUCUCCAUCCACAGUGACCUCAUCCUCCCUGUCUCGUCAACCUUUCAUCUUCGCAAGCGGAGAGAGCUCGAUACUUUGAUUCGACAACAGUAAUUACCUGAUUCCGUUCUGGUAUACAGAAUUUAUACUACCAAGACCGCGUCUUAUCCUGCCUACGUCGUGGACCUUUCCAAGACGAUCAUCUGUCGUCACUAAUAUCUGCAGUCAUGGCACCAUCACAGCGGGACGUUAUUACAAUCGAGAACCUUGUUCUGCCACAUCCCAUCGCCGGCCCGGAUGCCUGGUCGUUUACACGCUCGACCUUGGCGAGCAAAGUACCACCGACCGUCAAAUCACAAUCUGCUACAGUAUCACUUCGCCUCCUCCUCAGGCCAGAGAGUUUCGUCAAUGCAGCGCGAGAUGACACUGUGAACCCUGAACAUACGGUACAUUACGGUGAAUUAUCAAAGGCAAUACGUACCAAGAAUCACGAAGGUCAAACGCUACAUGAAGUGUUCGUAAUGCUGGCAUUGAUCGUCGCUGAUCUUCCGGCAGUCGAAGAAGCGAUGCUCGAUAUUCAUCUGCCAAAGGGAAGUAUGUUUGGAUCCAAGGUGCAAGUUGCGCAAAGACUCGAGAGGCUCGAUCAAGGGCCCAUGAAAGGGUCCCUGGCAGUGAAAUCAGGGCGUCUACUUGUGGCGGGCUUGCCGAUGGCAUGUUUGAUCGGUGUCAAUGCGAAUGAACGAACAGGAAAACAGCCACUGAUUGUCGAAUAUGAUGUUGAUUAUGAAGGCACCGGCAUCAUCGGAGGCGAGGACACCGGCGUUGGCGUUGUGGGAGUGCCAGGGAAUCGAACUGCUAGGUUGCUCGCCGCAUUUUCGAUCGAAAGUUAUUUGUUCGAGAUUAUAGAGAAGACCUCGUUCGAAACGCUCGAAAGCUUGAUCGAGUUUGCAUACAGCGAAUUGCGGCGUCAACUUCUCGACGAAAAUCUACCCGGAGCAAGCUUCCGCCUGCAGAUCGCAAAGCCGCGAGCUAUUAUCUUCGCCGAUGCACCGUCGGUGGAGAUUCACCGAACGGUACCUCUGAACGAAUUGCAAAGAUUCUCCCAAUACCAUUCCAAAGCAGCUUAAAUUUAGAUCGUACGAACUUUUCAAAACGAAUCACGAACUGAUCACCGCAAGGCGCUAAAUCUCGACCAUGGCAUCUUUGGAGCCUCUUCUAGCAGACACGUAUCAAUAUCACGUGGUGAAAAGGUGAGGCACGAGGCGAGGGCCGUAAGAUCGACAGAGUGAGAUGUUAGAGGUAAAUUUCCGUUUCCGCAUGGUCGCGAUUGUGAGUAAAUGGCACAUGGAGAAAACCGUGAUUUCAGGGAUACAAUCUUUGACAUUCGUUAAUCGUCACCACAAAAGGAGGUCAACC